AUGCCAGACAUCCAGCGCGAACUCGUGCGGCAGGUGCCUUUGAUUUGUCUAGUUUCGAUGGGCGAUUGCAAUGGCAGGGGCGACCGGGCCUGCCUGCCUGCCUCGACGACAUGGAAGGCCCCCGUCCCUCCGACUGUCUCAAAAGCGCUGCAGCACGCCGCGCUGCUCUCUCCCCGUGCAACCUCCAACAUGCUGCCAGUGAGACGCUACCCAACACCCAUCACGCUGACCGAUGCGGAGAUCAGAGUGCAUCUGGAGACCACCAUCCAACGCAAGCACGCUCAUCUCGAAAAACCCCAGCCGGAGGCGCCCGCCGAUCCAGACACCGCGACUGAGUCUGACUUGCACCACAGUGAUGGGUAUAAGCCUCUGCCCAGAUCCGUUUACCCCAUCAAAAUGAGACCCCUGAAGGUAAUUGAACCGCACCCCAAGGAUAGAGCUGACGGCGAGACUUUCCUGGAUCCUUUUUGGGAGAAACACCCACUCCCACGCAUUCCCAAGGAGAUCAGUACUGGACCAGUGUCCUUGUUCCCGACGACGACCGUGGUGGGUUAUCAGGAGGGGGAUCGCUAUGAACCUCUCCCGGACGCAUCCACAUCGGAAGGCAUGACCACAGCCCAGUGGAUGGAGGCUCUUCGCGCUCGCCGUCGGGCCUUGAAUGCCAAUCCAUGCUCAGACCGAGUGACCGGGACCGCGAAAGAUAUUCACAACUGCCAGGCGAGCAAGGAGAACAAAAACAAACCGGAUCCACAGAGAGAAAAUCGCUGUGACUCGCCCAACACCGUGACUCUGCCAGAUCGCUCGCUUGGAGCGAUACCGGAUAUGAGUAUCGACAGCGUCCCACUCCGGGACCUAGCUUUAGCGUCCACCAUGUCUUACGAGGCCACUACGGUCUCGCCUUCUGUGGCAACUAAUCCCGAUCGCAUCCAAGACGUUGGACCUACUUUCCAGCCUGAUUCCGUCUUCGAUGCGCAGGAUACGGGUCCAUCUGCUGACUGA